CACGAGCAAAACUCCAGCGCACGAUUCACGCGAAUCAGCUGCUCUCUCGAUUCUAGCGCCGUACCUACUUGUGCUCUUUUUGUCAAUCGACGCGACACCUGUGCCAUCUAUUACGAUACAACAAGGUGCAUUUUUAAAGUAUCGUCCACGAGGUGUCGCUAGUAACGUCCGAUAUCGCCUUCUCAUUGGCUCCUUUGGUUCAGCCAAUAAGACGACAUGCUUCCUACUCCUAUGAAUGACGACUCGUCGUACACUGGCCAAUUGAAUGGAACGUACGUUACUCGGGAUUCGUAGUAUUGUACGCGAAGCUGUGAUUGGUUCCUCGUUCAUUGAAGUUUACCAUUCUAUAUAUCGAUAGUAUCUACCGAAUGAAAGAUCAUUCUUCGGUUGUGAUUUUGAGGUGGCGUCAUCGUCGUCGGGGUUAUAGUAACUUUGAUUCCUAUCAAGUCGGAAAAACCAGAAUCAAAAUAUGGGAGAUCGGGAUAUGCUGUGUGGAAAAAACAAAUCUAUGGAGAAAAUACAAGAAGAAAUUACAACUUGUAAAAAACCGGUUACUAGACGUUCUGCGUCUGGUUGUAAUUGGAAGGCAUAUAAAGAUAUAAUACAUACAGAAGAAUCAAGUUAUGAUAAAAAGAAGAAUAAUUCGACAAAGAAAUUUUCCAAUAAAUCUCAAAAAUUCAAAAAAUCAAAUCUUUCUCUGCUUGAAAUGGGCAAUACAAUGAAGGAGGAGAAGAAAUACGAUUGUACUAUACCAGAGAAUAACAAAAAAAUAACAAAACUGAUUGCAAUAGAUUGUGAAAUGGUUGGAAUUGGCGAUGGGAGUGAAAGUAUGAUUGCUAGGGUAUCUAUCGUAAAUAAAUUUGGUUAUUGCUUGUAUGAUAAAUAUGUUAAGCCGAGAGAGAAAGUGCAAGAUUAUAGAACAGCCGUCAGUGGUAUUUAUCCGCAUCAUUUAAAGAAUGGAGAAGAAUUUUCUGUUGUACAAAAAGAAGUAGCAGAUAUAUUAAAAGGACGAAUUCUAGUUGGUCACGCUUUAAAGAAUGAUUUAGCUGUACUAUUCUUAUCACAUCCAUGGAGAAGUUUAAGGGAUACAUCUAGAUAUAAACCUUUUAGACAAAUUACAAAAGCAAAUACUCCUAGUCUAAAAAGAUUAGCGUCAGAGCUACUAGGAAUAGAAAUACAAGUAGGUGAACAUAAUUCAGUUGAAGAUGCAAGAGCAGCUAUGCAAUUGUAUAUGCUAUAUAGAACUAAAUGGGAAUCCGAAAUUUACUCGAGAAGAUAAAACAAAAUAUAUUUAUCGUUUUAUGGAAAGAUGAUUAUGACCCUCCAUUUGAAUGUAUUUUUAAUAUACAUAAUUCAAAACGUG